AUGGACCGUAACUCAGAGAUUCGUCGUUUGAGUCAGGCAGCCGAUAAAGCAAAGAACGACGGAGAUAAAACCCAGCACAAGCGACUACUCGCCAACCUCAAAACUCUUAAAAGCCAGCGGCGAAAGGCCAGGAAAACUGCCGAAUCAUACAUCAAACGGCUCGAGAAGUUCAAAAAGAAACACCCCGAGCAUCGGAUGAACGGAUUAUUUGGCAUUGCUAAGGCGCAACUCGCGAAAGAGCAAUCGCCAAUAGCUACAGUAGAGGAAGGAUGCUUUCCAAUGACUAGGAUACCAAGCGGCCCGUUUUCAGUUGUGGCCUCUCCUAUUUGGCCUAGUCACGCGUCAUCUACAUCCUCAACGCUCCCUCUUCAAGCAGCUUCCUCUCGCGCCAAAGUCACUCAAGCUUCGGCACGGGGCUCAUGGGCCGCAAAAGCUGAGGCGAAAAUCAAAGAACUUGAAGCAAAGCGUGAGCAAACAGGGUUUGAUGGCUUCCAGGCAACGGGAAGUGUCGAGCGAAAGGCAGUUGAGAGGAUUGAAAAAAUAGAGGAAGAUGCUAAGAAGCGCAUCGAAAGUAUCAACAAUAAGACUGAAGUUGCGAUAGCUUCACUCGAUGUUCGGUUGAGGGCUUGGCGCAAGCGUGCCUCAUUGAAUCCUUGA